CGCUGCCGCAUCUCACACAGUCUGAACAAGGCCUAUUUACUUACUGUUAGAACGUUGCGACUUUAUCGCGUUAUCUACAUCUAUUGCGCGCAUCCUCUUCUAUAAACAGGCACCCCUCUAUAAGCUAAGCGUCGAUUCCUAUCGUCUUUCGGUAUCCCCUCUGCCCUUCCACUCUUUUCAACUUAUCAAUUGGUUUUUAAAACUCGUCGACAUGGCUGUAGGUACCGUUCUAAUCACCGGUGGCACCGGCUACAUUGGGUCCUUUACCUCGCUCGCCCUGCUUGAGCAUGGUUACGAGGUUAUCAUCGUAGAUAACCUCUACAACUCGUCCGAGGUUGCUCUCGACCGCAUCGAGCUCAUCUCCGGCAAGAGACCGACCUUCUAUAAGGUUGACCUUACAGAGCAAGAUGAGCUUGACAAAGUCUUCGCCGCUCACCCCCAAAUUGACAGUGUCAUCCACUUCGCCGCCCUCAAGGCUGUCGGCGAAUCUUCCGAGAUCCCUCUCGAGUACUACCGCGUCAACGUUGGCGGAACCAUUUCCCUCUUGAGUUCUAUGAAGAAGCACAAUGUUACCAACAUAGUGUUUUCCUCCUCAGCAACAGUCUACGGUGACGCGACUCGUUUCGAGAAUAUGAUUCCCAUCCCCGAACAUUGUCCUAUUGGACCUACCAACCCGUACGGAAGGACCAAGGCCAUCGUCGAGAACAUAAUCGAGGACUUUAUCAACGCGCAGCGUCAGAACCUGAAGAAGGCCAACGAGCCAUUUGAGCAAUGGAAUGGCGCCAACCUGCGAUACUUUAACCCCUGCGGUGCACACCCUACUGGCAUCAUGGGCGAGGAUCCCCAAGGUGUGCCUUAUAACCUACUGCCGUUGCUCGGCAAAGUUGCGACUGGCGAGCGCCAAAAGCUUCUGGUAUUUGGCGAUGACUACUCAUCCCGAGAUGGAACUGCCAUCCGCGAUUACAUCCACGUUGUUGAUCUCGCAAAGGGUCACCUCGUCGCGCUCAACUAUCUUCGCGAACACAAGCCGGGUGUCAAGGCGUGGAACCUGGGUUCUGGCAGAGGUAGCACCGUUUUCGAGAUCAUCAAGGCAUUCAGCAAGGUGGUGGGCCGCGACCUGCCAUAUGAAGUGGUGCCGCGAAGACAGGGCGACGUAUUAGAUCUUACUGCCAACCCGACCCGGGCGAACCAGGAACUGCAGUGGAAGACAGAACUAACCAUGGAGAAGGCAUGUGAGGAUCUAUGGCGAUGGGUAUCCAAUAACCCGAAGGGAUACCGACAGGAGCCUCCUGCUGAACUUCUAGCUGGGCUUAAGCGUUGAGGUAUCUUGAGAUACGAGUCGCAUUAUCGGCGAAAGUUGAUUUAGCAGCUUAGUUUGACUGGUCAAUGCAAUUUAAUGUUUGCGCCUUCACUUAUAGAAUACCAACCUACCUUAGGUACCUAAGACAAAGGCUCCAUCUUGAUAGGGAAAUGCGACCUGCAUCUCGUUGGUACACAUUAGGUCACAUUAGGCGAAUAAAAAUAAAUGGGAGGAGUUCGGGAUAGCAAUAUCGCAAAAUGCGCAUUAAAAUUCAGACGAGAUUUUACGAGCUCAAUGCUUGAUCGCUUGAUUGCCUGAUCGAACUGAGCCACUGC